UGUGCAGAAGUCAGCAUGAUUUCUUCACAUCCUUCCUGUUCCAAGUGGGUGGAGUCUGCGGGGAAGACAACAUACAGCUUUAAAGUACACACGCACACACACACACACACUGGCUGCAUGAUGGGUGCCUGGAGCCGAGCUCUAACCUGUCUGACUCUCCUGCUGGCCACACCAGCACUCACCACCGACAUCACUGACCUUCCCUUCAUCAAAACCUGUGUUACAGAACACAACCAGCACCGGGCCAACGUCCAACCAGCCGCUAGCAACAUGCGCUACAUGACCUGGGACGAAGGCCUGGCGGUCACGGCAAGAGCCUGGGCCAGAAAGUGCCUCUUCAUUCACAAUACUCACCUGAAGGAGGGAGGUAGAGUCCAUCCAGUCUUUAGUUCGGUCGGAGAAAACCUCUGGGCUGGAACACACUUUUCUGUACAAGGAGCUAUCAAGAGCUGGGCUGACGAGGUCAAAGAUUAUAGCUAUUCCACCAUGACCUGCAAACAGGUCUGCGGUCACUAUACUCAGGUUGUUUGGGCGAACACGUAUAAAGUGGGCUGUGCUGUCCAGUACUGUCCGAACGGUGUGGAACAAACCCCUUUCUAUCCCAGACAAGCAUUUAUAUUUGUGUGUAACUAUGGAACAGCAGGAAACGUCUUCAACCAGAAGCCGUACCGGACCGGCCCAGAGUGCAGAGACUGCACAGGAGAACUGUGUGAGAACCGGCUUUGCCGUAACACUGAUCGAGACGCUCUGAGAAAUUAUAACUGGACCCCGGACUGGGACCCGGCCCUGUCUGAGUGCGGGUCUCUUUGUAAGGCUGUUCUGAUUACUCGACCUGUCUCUCUGCUCGUUAUCUUCAUCUCUGUCUACUGCAUCCAGCGCCGCUACCCGGACCUCUUCGCCUACACCUGAUACCCAAAGAUACUCGGCCAAGAUCAUUCACUCAUCUGAUUACUGAGACAUUUCAGCUGAUCAAAAUUAAAACUAGUCAACAUUAUUUAUAUCUCUGUCCACAUGUGUCCAGAUAUGUUUAAAAAUGUAGACAUUUUUUGCACUCUAUAUCAGAUACAAAAUCCUGCCCUGUGUAACUCUGCUUAAGCUGUAGUCUCUCGAUCAAAGUCACACCUAAUUUGCCCUAAAAUCACUUAACACGAGCUCAUAUAGCGUACAUACACAAAACACACAAAGACCAUUCUGUCUAAUGUGUGAGAAAAAAAAAAAAGGAAAAACACGUUUCAGCAUGACAAGGAAAAAUAAUUCCCACUUUGUAUGUCAUAUAUAUAUAUGACAUAAUGGUGGAUAACCAUGUUUACAAAUGUGUAUGUUCAGAUAUACACUGCCCAGAACUAUUGCAAGUUACCGUAAACACCAACCAGUUAUUAGGUAUAGGGGGCCAACACUUUUUCACACAGGGCCAUGUAGGUUUGGAUCCUUUUCUCUCUUAAUAAUAAAAACAUUCAUUUAAAAACUUCA